AUGAAGUGCCACAAGGCCUACUUGGCGGUGGCGGCUGCUCUCAAGAGCGCAAGUGUGAAGCUCCAGAAAACCCCGGACACGGCUAACUACGACGUCAAGGCUUCGGCUGACAACAUGAGGCGCGUGGCGCAAGUGCUUGGGAAAAACACUGACCCGACUUCAACCACGCUUAAGGAGAUGACUGUGCAGAUGGAGAAACUCCUCGAUCUUGCUGCUGGUGCUGCCGAUGCGGUUGACGACGACGACGAGAACCUCCACCGUCGCGUCUGA